CCAGGACAACCACUAUGGGCAGCAGUUCAUCUAAGAACUGCUGUUCGUUUGAGAAGAUACGGAGGAUGACGUCAACAAUAUCAUUUCUCCUGAAAGCUACAUUCAAUUCUUUUGAGUUCUUUGAAGAUGUGUCUAAAGAAAACUUACAGCUGGGAGAUAUCAUCUUAUUUCCUAUAAGAACCAGCCCAAAAUUUAGCAGCUGGAAGCACGCCGGUGUUUACUAUGGAAACAAGAAAGUUAUACACUUUAACAGAGAAGGAAUCUCGAUACAAGGAAUCGAUGCUAUGGAAGGACCCAGGGAGAAACAUCAGAUUCUGAGACUUAAACAAGGAAUCAAUGAAGAAGCUUUCCUGAAGAAGGCAGAUGCCAUGCUGAAAGCUAAGACAACGUACGACUGUUUCACAAACAACUGCAUCCAUUUUGCACUUUUCCUUUUGGAUAUGGAAGAGUUUUACCAUGAAAUAGUUAGUGAUGUAGAAGUUGACAAUGGAAAUGAUGCGGGAGAAGAGGUAUUUCAUUGGAUUUGUGGUGCCCUUGUCCAGGAAUUCUUCUGUAAGUUAGCUCAUGAAGAGUUUGGUGUAUUGGGGAGCUAUCCUAGCAGCUGGAAGCACACCGGUGUUUACUAUGGAAGCAAGAAAGUUAAUCACUUUAACGGACAAGUCUACAUACAAGGAAUUGAUGCUAUGGAAAGAAUCAAGGGGAAAUAUCAGAUUCUGAGACUUAAACAAGGAAUCAAUGAAGAAGCUUUCCUGAAGAAGGCAGAUGCCAUGCUGAAUGCUAAGACAACGUACAACUGUUUCACAAACAACUGCAUCCAUUUUGCACUUUUCCUUUUGGAUAUGGAAGAGUUUUACCAUGAAAUAGUGCCCCUGAACAUGACAGGACAAGUGGAUCAGAAUGAGUGCAACAGAGCCAGACAAUUCCAGAAUAACAUGUCACAGAGAGAGAUUCCCUUACGUCAUUUUCCAUAAGGACAUAAAAAAUAAUGCUUGUUAGGAUAUAGAUAUUCAAGUCUGUCUGUAAAGGCCUCUACUUUAAGAAUUUAGGUAUGUUUAUCAUUU